GAUAGUCGUAGGCAGUGAUGCGAACAUAAGAGCUCUCUAUUUCUAUAAAUACAAGACGACUUCAUCUCUUCAGUAAGUUUGAAGUUCCAGAGGAAAAGUAUGAAAAGGAAGAUAAUGGAUCAGAAUAAAGGAUCAGAGAUUAUGUGUGCCAUUGAAGAACUCUCGGCGAUGGUCAAAGUUAAAAGUGCAACAUUGGUCCCAGUUGCUGAACAUGGUGAUGUUGAUGAUCAUGCACAUGCUCGUGAUGCUGCCUUUAUCAAUCACGAGGCUGCCCAUAUUCCCACAAGGCCUUUCCUUUCUCUCUGCAGCUUGCUUCUUCAAGUUCUUGAUAAAAUUGGACCAACAAUGGCUGUUCUCAGGCAAGAUAUUCAUCAGAAUAUUCGGAGACUGGAAGUGAAACAUGAAUCUGACCCUUCAACAUAUUCAAAUAUGGUUGAGAUAUUGAAAAUGGAGAAGACCGAAGGCAUUGCAAGAAAUGUUACUAGUUCUAGUAGAGCCUUCGUUUGGCUUACCAGAUCCCUUGAUUUUACUGUGGCAUUGUUUCAAAAUUUAUUAAGAGAUCCUGGGAAGAAUAUGAAGCAGGCAGUGGAAGAGUCUUAUAACCUCACUUUGAAGCCAUGGCAUAGAUGGAUUUCAUCAGCUGCUUCUAAAGUAGCUCUCAUGCUAGUGCCUGACAAUGAAACCUUCUUUAGUAGCCUCAUGGAAAAAGAUGAAAACUAUGACAACUUGAAAGUUGAAAUUGAGACCUUUCUUUCCUUACUUGUGCCUUAUCUGGAGCAGAUCCACUCCAUUCUGAGAUUUUAUAACUUGGACAAGUUGAAGUCUAACUGAGGAACAUACACAAUAAAGAAAAGCAGAAUUAGUGUACAGACAUGAAUCAUACGGCGCCGAUUCCUCUUUAUGUAAAUAUGUACACAUUAUAUAUGGUUUGUCAAGAUAAGAAAUGCUGUCUUCAUAUUCCAUUUAAAGCUUCUACAAUGUGUAAAGAAACCCCUAGCUAUGAUCUCAUC